AUGUCUAGAGAAUCGUCACCUAACGCCCUACUGAUGGGUGCCAUCGAAGACUGGAAUGAUUUGGAGAAAGAAUAUACCCAGCUUGAGGAAGAUCAUAAGAAUUACUGUGAAUUGUUGAGCAGACUCAGCGCCGCCCAGCAGAAAUGUCUCAGCCAGAUUGCUCAUCAUCGCUACAGAAUCAAGUGCAUUCUGGAUCUCUUGAACAGAGCGUCAAAGGCACCUCAUGGAGAAGAGGAGAGGAAGCAAAUAGCAGACUUGAAGAUGAAGAUUGCCGAUCGGAAAAUUAAUUUUCAUGAAAUGGAGGACAACCUGCCACAUAAAAAUGGGCUGUAUCUGAGAAUUAUUCUUGGCCAGGUCAACGUAUCAUUGCUGACAAAGGAAGCCAAGUUCAUCUACAAGAAGGACUAUGAAACAUUCAAGCUGACAGUCAGUUACAUCAUCCUGGCUUUGGCCUUCCUCUCUGGCUUUUUGGUCAGCUCUAGAUGGUGUGAUGCUGUGCUCAACUUUCUGUUGGUCUGGUACUACUGUACACUGACUAUCAGAGAGAGCAUCCUUCGAGUCAACGGCUCCAGGAUCAAAGGCUGGUGGUUGACGCAUCAUUUCAUAUCCACGGUUUGUGCAGCCAUCAGUUUGAUCUGGCCUGAUGGAUACACAUACUCGAUGUUUCGAUACCAGCAUAUUCUGUUUGUCAUCUAUCUCAGUUUUGUGUAUGUCCUCCAGUACUACUACCAGAGUGGCUGUCUCUAUCGGCUGCGAUCUCUUGGCGAGAGUCAUGAGAUGGACAUCACUGUGGAGGGCUUUAUGUCCUGGAUGUGGAAGGGGCUGUCAUUUCUGCUUCCAUUCCUCUACUUUGGCUACUUUUUCCAGCUUUACAACGCAUACGUCUUGUUCCAGUUGUCUCAACAUCCACUGUGUGAGGAGUGGCAGGUUCUUGCUCUCAGUGCCAUCCACCUGACGCUGUUUCUGGGCAAUGUCUCAACCACCAGCCUGGUUGUGGUCAACAAGGUCCGCUCAGAUGGUAUUCUGGUGCCUUAUCUGAAGAACAAGUACAAAUUUGGCCUUGUGGCCAACUUCCUUAACCAAGGUCACGACCACGCCGAGUGA